AUGAUAUUCUACAACGCCGCGAACCGCGAGAUCCGCCGCACCAGCAGCAUUGUCAAGUCGCCACUUUUCUCCUUGUUGGGAGAGGUGCUGAGCGGAGCUUCAAUCAUUCGUGCAUAUGGCCGUGAGAGCGCGAUCAUACGAGAGACUUUACGCCGGCUCGAUCUGGUUUACUCCUGCAGCUCUCUGGAAAAUACCGCAAACCGCUGGUUAGGCGUUCGAAUAUAUUUUUUGGGCAACAUCGUUGCCACUACCAUCAUGACUGUCGGUGUGGUUAUGGUGAUGUCUGGUCGCCUGAAAGAUAAUAUCGGUAUAAUAUCGCUUUCGCUAACACUUUCGUUACAAACGUUGGAGCAGCUCAUUUGGCUGGUCCGCUGCGUUGCUUCUGUAGAAGCUGACAUGAACAGCGUGGAGCGCAUCAUUUACUACACGAAGGAAACGCCAAAAGAAGAUAUACCGGAGCUGAACGCGGAGGUGGACGCAUUGGUGAUGUGUGAUAACUUGAAAACUAAAAAGAUUACUCUGGAUGUCAUGGUGGAGGCCGAUGGCUCAGCGGCGAUGUUGGAGGAUAAGGCCCAAAGUGGUUCACUAGAGCUCCGCAAUGUCGAUCUUCGAUAUCGAGAGGGACUACCACUGGUGCUGUGUGGUGUUAGCUUCCGAAUCGAGCCAGGGGAGAAAAUCGGGAUUGUGGGUCGGACCGGUAGUGGCAAGUCAACGCUACUGCUGGCUUUUAUGCGAAUGGUGGAUAUCAGCGGAGGGGAUAUUAUCGUGAAUGAUGCGCCAAUCCACUCUUUGCCUGUCCGCAAGCUGAGGCAGUUGUUUUCUAUGAUUCCACAGGACCCUCUACUGUUUGAGGGGACGGUGCGGCAGAACCUGGAUCCUUUCCUAGAGUCAUCCAACAAGGAGUUGUGGCACGCGCUGACUCUUGUUGGCAUGUACACACGAAUCUCAAAUGAGGCAGAGGGCAUUGACUGCCGUGUGCAGGAAGGUGGUGCUAAUUUUAGUGUCGGCCAGCGUCAGCUUCUGUGCAUGGCUCGUGCAGUGCUGAAGAAAAACAGCAGGUUUAUUUUGAUGGACGAGGCCACCGCGAACAUUGAUCCCGAAGUGGACCAAUAUAUUCAAAGCACUGUGAUGAGGACAUUUGCAGCAUACACGGUGAUCACGAUUGCUCAUCGAUUGCAGACGGUUGCACAAUACGACAGGAUCAUCGUAAUGAACAACGGCAGAGUGGCAGAAAUAGGCAGCCCAUACGAUCUUGUAACGAGGCAAGACUCGAUUUUCCGAAGCAUGGUGAACUCAAUGGGGUUUUCCGCUACUAGACAAUUUAUGGAAACUGCUGAUGCAUCCAAUUUGGUUCGGCGUUAA